UGUCGUUUCUUAAUCAGAGUUUUUUCUUCUGAUAUGAAUACUGCAGUACAGCUUUGGGAUGGGCAACUGUCUCUCAUAACAACUCCUAUCCCCCAUGUUUCAGCGCCAAAUGAGGUCCUCGUGAAGGUCGCUUUCUCGGGAAUUUGUGGCACUGAUCUUCAUAUUCUCGCGGGGGAGUUUCCAUCCUCAAAAUGUGUCAUCUUGGGACAUGAAUUCGCCGGAGUUGUGAGCGAAAUUGGGAGCGCUGUAAAGAGAAUUUCUGUCGGAGACCGUGUGGUCGUCAAUCCAAACACAAAUUGUGGUCGAUGUUCAUUUUGCCAGAAAGCUCAGCCCCAUUUCUGUAAAACUGGUGGUAUCCGUUCAACAGUUGGUAUUUGGCGUAACGGGGGGUGGUCUCAGUACUGCCGUGUUCCUGUGGAAACUGUCUAUACCAUUCCACCGCAGAUAACUCUUCGUCAAGCUGCUUUGGUUGAGCCCUUUUCUUGUAUAGCUCAUGGCUUCGAUCUUCUGAUGCCAUUGGCAACAACAUCUGAUAUUCUUAUCUGUGGUUCAGGAAUCAUUGGACUAUUGUGGGCUUCUUUACUUCACUUUCAUGGUUACCGAAAAGUUACCAUAAGUGAAAUUUCAGAACGGCGCAGAAGCCUUGCAAAUGGAAUGAAUGUUGGAUACCAAGUUGUACAUCCUGAUGUUUUGGUACACAAUGCAAAGAAAGCAAAUUUGUCAGGUGGUCAAGAAUGGGGUUUUGAUGCUGUAAUUGACUGCAGUGGAGUGCCAGCAGCCAUUGAAGAAGCUAUUAAGUGGUUGCGCUGUGGAGGAAAGAUUCUUGUCUUUGGAUGUUGCCCAAAAGGUUCUUCAAUUAAAAUUGAUCCUCACAUAAUGUAUGCCAAGGAAUUACAAAUUAUUGGGUCACACAUCAAUCCCUUCACUUUUCCCAAAGCCAUCCAGCUUGUAAAAGAUAUGGCAGAAAAAUAUUUAAAUUAUGAUAGGUUGGGAAUCUCUGUUUUUGAUUUGGCAAGUUACCAGUCAGCUCUAGAUGCUUUGUCAAAAGCAGAAAUUUCCAAAGCUGUUUUUGAAAUGUGAAUAGCAUUUAAGAAAAGAUUGAAUAUUUUUUUAGUUUCUAUUGUAGGAAAAAAAAACUAUCAUUGUUUUAAUGGUGUAACAAGUUGCGCAGAAUGUAUAAUGGUUGUAAAAGGAGUUCAAGCUAUCAAAACAAAUGGAUAUCACCCAAGAUACUAAUGGAUAAACAAAGAUGGGUACAUUUUUAGUUUAAAUUGUCUGAAUAAAGAAACGUCUUGGGUGUGGGACUUAACCCAACUGAA